AUGGGCGAGUUCAAGCCCAAGCUGGCGCCCGUCGGCCCUCCGCCGGUCGAGAAACCAAUCCCCCUCGCCAUUCUCUUCUUCAGGUCGCUCCUUGCGCAGCGCCAGAGAAUCUUCCUCACAGCCGCCGUCCAGCUCGUCAUAUGCACCGUCUUCCCCGGCCGCUACGCCGUGGUGCCCAUCGCCACGCUCGCCCUGGCCAUCGUCACCACCCAGGUCAUCGACUUCUUCCUCCCGCGCCCCGCCAAGCCCCCGGGGUACAUGACCGCCGUCGUCCCGGGCCGGACCACCUCACUCCUCCCCAGGGCCGACGGCACGUUCGGCUCGUCGCCGUCGUCCCGGCCGCUCGUCGUCUUCAACCUCGGCGCGCAGUUCAACCACCCCCGGGGCCGGCUGUGUCCCUACGGUAAGGAAAUCGCCGACAAGUUCGCCGAGAUGAACUACAGCCUGCUGGAGCGCCGCGACGAGCUGGGGCUCGUCAGCAUCACCGACUGGGUUGGGUCGCGGCCCGGCGCCGCCGACACCCUCAUGGUCAGCUACUUCUUCCGCGACGUCGAGAGCGUCCACAGGUUUGCGCACGAGGAGAUGCACCGCCGCGCGUGGGACUGGUACAACAACGUCUGGCCGGACCACAUUGGCAUUUUCCACGAGACGUUUGUCGUGCCGGCGCAUUCGUACGAGACCAUCUAUGCCAACUGUACGCCCGUCAUGCUGGGCGCCGGCGUCGUCAGGUGCGACGAGAUGCAGGGCGAGAGGAACUGGAGGAAUACACUGGUGAGCGCGGAUAGCGUCGAGCUGAAGAGCCAGUGGCAGAGGAUGAACAGGGAUGGGAGCGGCAUCCCGAAACAAUGA